UUUGUUCCUGAUUUUAUAAUUGCUGGUCUGCCAUAAGGUCGAUUUUAUAGUUUAAUUGCAACGUAAAUUAUGGAAAAUUUGGUUUAGAAAGUAUCGGUCAAGUCAUUUUUGCUCAGAGAUAUUUCUGACCAGGGAGGGGUAGGUUGAGGGCACUGGCCCCAAUGUUUAUAGCACUUGAGUACAAAUAGAUACACGUGCUUCGUGCAGAAGCUUAUGAUCUCGAGUCACAGGAAUUUCGGUGGUGUUCAUCGUGGUAUAUUGGAGAAGUUCACGCAAGGAGGAAACAGAAACAGAAAAUGAAUAGAAUACAGAAUGGCUGGUUUUCCGAAAUAAAUGACCAGUGGCCCGGCCAAGCACUUUCUCUUGAAGUAGAGGAGAUUUUGUUUGAGGGAAAAUCAAAAUAUCAGGAUAUUCUUGUGUUUAAAAGCAAGCAUCAUGGCAAGGUCCUUGUGUUGGAUGGAGUUAUACAAUGCACUGAUAGAGAUGAGUUUUCUUAUCAAGAGAUGAUUACUUUUCUUCCACUCAACUCGCAUCCUUGUCCUCGAAAGGUUCUUGUUGUUGGCGGAGGUGAUGGAGGAGUUAUUAGAGAAGUUUCUAAACAUCCAGCUGUGGAGUCCGUUGUUCAAUGUGAAAUAGAUGAGGAAGUAAUUGAAGUGUGUAAAAAGCAUUUACCAAAUAUGGCCGAGGGUUUUAGCUCACCUAAAUUAACUCAGUAUGUAGGAGAUGGAUUUGAUUACAUGAAGAAGCAUGAAAAUGAAUUUGAUGUUAUUAUUACAGACUCUUCAGAUCCUGUAGGUCCUGCAGAAUCUUUGUUUCAAGAAUCAUACUAUGAACUCAUGAAAAAAGCACUUAAGCCAGAUGGAUUAUUAUGCUGCCAAGGUGAAUGUAUAUGGCUUCAUAUCCCUUUAAUCAAGUCAGUCUUGGAUUUCUGUAGAAGAUUAUUUCCUUCAGUCAGUUAUGGUUACACAACAAUACCAACAUAUCCCAGUGGACAGAUAGGAUUCAUACUGUGCAGCAAAAAUAAGGAAACUAAGUUUGAUAAUCCAGUUACUGAGUUUACUGAGGACCAACUUGAGAAGUUCCAGCUGAGGUACUACAAUGCUGACGUUCACAGAACUGCUUUUGUUUUACCACAGUUUGCAAAAAAGGCGCUUUCUAUAUGACACCCACACGACGAUAAUGGUAUUGUUGUUCCGUCACGUCUCUCUCUGUGGGAUACACUAGCGACAGAUAACAGUGACCAAGAUACUUAUAUAACCCGGUCAAUAAGAAAAAGUACAGUGCAGCUUAAAUAUAACGAGACCAAGCGAUAAGGAGACAACAAGUCACUCAGUCGAGGAAGGGUGGAGACCAGGAGCCCAUACUAAUACAUUUUGCUUGUCACUUUUUUCUCCUUGGUUGCUCUUUCCUUAAAGGAAAAGUAAAGUUUAUUAUUAUAGUAUUUGAAAUUAAAUUGGUAAGUGCUCUUAGCUUCAAUUCAUCAGUGUCGUCAUACUUACGAACUAUUUGCAAUUGAGUUAAAGUGAAUUUAAGAUAUUUAAAUCUAUCGUAUCUAGUUUGUAAUUGAGGGUAUUAUUAG